AUGAUGAACUUCCGUCAGAGGAUGGGAUGGGUGGGCGUGGCUCUCUACCUACUGCUCAGUGUCAUGGCGGUGUACUACGUCUUUGAGGUGCACACACGCAGUUUGGAGCGCGUGCAGAGAGGUGGGGUUGGCCCAUCGGCUAGGUCCCCUGCCGUCACCUGGUCUGUCCUGCCAUCGCUUCCUGUCUGGAUGUGGGCGUCAGUCUUCCUGCUGCCGUACCUGCAGCUCUUCCUCUUCCUGUUCUCAUGCACGAGAGCUGACCCCCGAGCCGUCGGUUACUGUGUACUUCCUGUCUGCAUUGCCCUGGUGUGUAGCCGCCGCCAUGCCGCCCAGACACCCGCCAAUCACAGAGCAGGGUCAGUGAUCAACACGUAG